CAAGUGAACACGUGUAGACGACGUCGCUCGUUAUUUUGACAUAUUUCGCUUAAUCCGGGAUAGCGUAACGGUUAUUUGCGAUGCGUUAACGUCGCGAUUAAGAAUACAUCGGCGAGCUACUCGUCCUGAGUAGCUGGGGCUUUGUGAAACUUGUCAGAUCAGACGGUGCUUGCGGCCGUAACGACAGGUGGAGUCCCGCGGAUGCUGUCCUGAUGGUUCCUAAUGCCGCACCGGAGGAUCCGGUUCGGGCCAAGCAGGGUCGGCUCGAAGAGCUUGCGGAGAACGCGGCCGACCCUGAAUACAGCGGAUCGGUAGGUCUAAUAGGCAAUAGAAUUGAUCUGUGUUCGAUACAUCAACGGAAAAUACGUGCGAAGAAUUUAGACAGUAUGAUGAUGGCAAACCUAGCCCCCGCUCCUGUUAUGCUGCCAACUAUAGCGGACUACGGGAUGCUGCCAGCGACCCUCGGAAUUAAGGUAAGCGCCGCCGCCGGUCCCUUUGACAUCGUUUUCUCCGGCACACAAAGCUUUUAGUAAGUUAAUUAAACUUUCCACAAGGAGAGGCGCGGCCGCUUUUCAGCGACGCGCGCGCGCGCGCACGGCUCUCAUUUCGUUGACGCAAUUAAAAAUAUGUAUAAAACACGCGGGGCGGACGCCGCCCGAUAAUGAACGUUGAAGCGAUCGUGCGAUACGUUGUUGCCAUGGUGGGCGAGGAGAUCAAAGUGAAAAUUAACUCAGCUGGGCAACUUGUCGAAAAUGGCACGUGCGCGUGCAAUGCUCCUGUCACUUUGUUGUCGCCCAGCGACAAUUGCGCUCCGCCGUGAUUUCGAAAGAUGCGUCGUGGCCGCGCAGUCGGCCGACGAUGCGGAUUUUGACAUUCGUUCUUUCUAUCCUUCUCUUUCUUUCUACCUUUCUUUCUCUCUGCUUUUGUCUCUGUCUCCCCCUCCUCUCUCUCUCUCUCUCUCUUUCUCUCUCUUUCCUUUUUUUCGUUAUGUCGCGGCCGCAUUUUAUCGCGCGCAAAAUUAAUCGAGGAUUACUGAAUUUUUCAUUGUCCGUCCGUAAGCCUACGGCACAUUGCAUUUUGAUGAAACCGCGGCGAACAUUCGGCUCUGCACGGGGCGUUUUAUUUUUUUAUUGCUCGCCGCUUUUGUAUUUUAUAACGUUUCGCAAUUCUAUAUUUGACGAUAGAGAGGUAUAUUUUAAACGCGCAAAAGGUGGAUUUCAAAUGCAGUAACGUUUGAAACUCGUGCGGACAUGGCUAUGAAACAGUAACGGCGCGCCGCAGCGCACGCAAGGUUUAUUAAAAAUCGCUGAAAUAAAUUCACCAUGAAGUGAGUGAGUGAGUGAACGAGCGGGCGGGUGAGCUUCCGAAGGAUAACCGGCGACGUCUAAUUCGAGAUCAGCAAAUAUUUACCAAUUUGCCGAACGCUUAUGCACGGUUCGCGAUUUUACGUCAUUUUACAUGCCGUUCCUCUUCCCUCCUCUUUCCUCCUCCUCCUCUCUCUCUCUCUCUUUUCCUCUUUUUUUCUCUUUACUCCCUCGCCUGUCGCGCGACCGGUCGACCGGAUAAAGUAUCCUUUAUGAAAGUUGCAGGCAUUCACAAUGACUACGGACACUCCAGUUUCAGCUUAUAUAAUGGCGCCCUAUUGACGUCACCGGCUCUCUUUUUAAAUGGCGGCAUAUAUAUUGAUACGACGAAACUUUGCGGAAAAAUUCUUCGUGCCGUUUCGCGAAACAAAACUGACUGAAGUUACGCGCUACGAGAAUCGCGGGCGAUCGCAUUCGAAUCACUUCUCAAUUGGGUAUUUCUACUUUCGUGGAAGCGUCGCGAUAUGAAGCGCUGCGAAUUAUUGCUCACACGGACGAAAGCGGAUGAUGAUGGGUGCUUUCCAGUUGCGUACACUGUGUUACAUAAAACUAGUUUAUUGGUUGCAUAUUUUCUUACAAGAUAUUUUAGAUAAUAUGUGACCAAUAAACUGGUUUUGUGUACGUGUGUGUCAAGAUGUGUUAAGAAAUUGGAAAGCACCCGAUAUCUACCGCGACAAUUCGCGACGUCAGUCGUCGCGGGAAGAAGCGCGUUUCUUCUUGGCGCAUCCGCCGGGGUUUCUGCCGCCGAUUUCCCUUAUGACAAGCUUUCCUUGCCGACAAGCGCGUUUCCAGACUGUUAUAGUGGAAUAAUAAACUACACAUUGGAGACACGUGAGGUAUCACAUCUAAUCACGAGAAAGAUACGGCCCAUAAUGCUACACGGAGAAAAAUAAUUUUGCUCUUUUAACAAAAUCGUCAUUGCUACUGCAUAUUCGUAGUGACAUCAAGAAAAUUUAGUUGACGUAACUAAUUUUACAAAUUAUUCGUUAUCAGAGCAGAAGUAG